AUGGCCAAGAAGAAGCGGCAAAGAAUAAGCUAUGUCUUGCCUCUGGCAAGUACACCGGGAGGGCACCGACUAGGUGUGAACGGACUGGCGUUCGACGACGACCGCAAUAUCUUAUACACCGGCGGGCGCGAUGGCGUGGUGUGCGCCUGGGAUCUCCACCUAGACGCGCAGCAAAGAGCCGUCAACACAGACGCAGCAAGGGAGAAAAAGAGCACUGUCAACUUCCGCAAGCAGGUGCAGGCGCAUACCCACUGGGUGAAUGAUAUAGUCCUGGUAAAGAACAACCUGGGGCUGGUGUCGGCGUCCUCGGACGUGACGGUCAAAUUAUGGCGACCGCAUGGCCACGAAACCGCCCAAGCAUAUACUAUCGGGUCCCAUAGCGACUAUAUCAAAUGCCUGGCCACUCCAGACCGGACGUCUGACUGGGUUGCGUCUGGCGGGCUGGAUCACAAAAUCUGCCUGUGGGAUCUCAGCGGAGCCGGCAAGACACUCGAAAUCAAUGUCGGCAAUGCGGGCGAUGUGGUCAAGGGUUCUGUCUACGCACUCCGCGCUCGAGGGUCGCUGCUUGCGAGUGGAGGGCCUGAAAGUGUGGUUCGACUUUGGGACGCAAAGUCGGGAAAAGGCAUCACCAAGCUCGUCGGACAUACCGACAAUGUGCGCGACAUCCUGAUCAGUGAUGAUGGCGAUACCUUGCUCACUGCGUCGUCGGACCAAACCAUCAAGGUCUGGUCGAUUGCUGCCGGGCGGUGUAUCCAUACCCUGACCAUGCACAACGACAGCGUCUGGUGCAUGUACUCGAACGACCCGAACUUGGCCGUCUUCUAUUCUGGCGACAAGUCUGGGCUUGUGGCAAAGACGGAUACUCGCCGGGCUAUGGAAAUUGAUGAGGGCGUGUCGGUCGCCGUGUGUCAAGAACAUGAUGGCAUUACUCGUGUGUUACCGGUGGGGAAUUCGGUUUGGACGGCCACUUCGAGCUCCAGUGUCAACCGUUGGCUUGACGUUGAUACCGAGCUCGAAGUCGAAACCCCGCCUGCCUCGCCGCGUCAGGAGCGUACAUUGAGUACAGACACAAGGAGCCACCUGUCACCAGAACCGCCGGAAUCUCCAGGGCCCACCACGAACGGGGACAAUGGCAAGAAGAAGAUACCGCAUAAUGCCGUCCUGCGCAUCUCCAACACUGCUCCACAUCCGGGCAGGAAGAAUAUCGGCAGACUGCCCAAUGUCUCGGUGACGAACGUUAGAAAGCCAUCCGAAGCCAUGAUUGCGGAUGAUUUGAGUCUUGUCGUUCCUCUCCGGGGUCAACCUGCGGAAACCAUCGAGGGACAGAAUGGGUUGAUCAAGCACGUGAUGCUUAACGACAAGAAGAGGAUCUUGACUUUGGACACGGCUGGUGAGGUUGUUCUCUGGGAUCUAUUGAAGUGUGUCCCGAUCAAGUCUUUCGGUCGUCGUCAUCUUGACGAGGUCGUGCCGGAAGUGAACACCACGGAAAGUGUGGCCAAUUGGUGCGCUGUGGACACGAAGACCGGCAAGAUUACCGUCAUGCUGGAAGAAAACUACUGCUUUGAUGCCGAGGUGUAUGCCGACGAGCUCGAUUUGCCCAAGGACAUUGUCUUCCGAGAGGAUCAAAGAAUCAAUCUCGGGAAAUGGGUACUACGCAACCUCUUUUCGAAACUGCUAGACGAAGAGAUAGCCCGGGAUCAGACCUAUAGAAGCACUCUUCGAAGCCAACAGCCUCCAAACAGCGGCCUCAGUCGUCCAGGCGCGCCGACCAGCAUCACUAUGCCCGAGUCUCUCGGAAGCACCCCAAUGGUAUCUCCCGGGACCAUGCCCACGCCGCGGGCGUCUCAUAACGGCCAUUCUGCCGUGCCUGCAACUCCCAACCUCGGGAUCGGAGCUGCGACGCCAGGCUUCGCUCCGUUAAGUGCCACCUUACCGCCCACGGUGGAGGAAGUAAGUCGACAGCAAACUAAUGGAGCGGAGCGGUCAGUGCAGCCCACUCCUACAGCCACAGAUACACAGCACGACUAUUUCUCGUCGACAAGUAGUUACAAUAACAACGCUGCCAACGCCAACAAUGCCCACGGUCAUAACCAAACUGAGGCAUCCUCGGAGAGUAACAAAAUGCCCGAGACGCCGGGGGCCACCGAGCAGGCCAUGCUCGCCACGCCAACUUCUCCGACGGAAGAAAAGAAAAAGGGACUCUUUGGCAAGAAGUUCCCCAUGACUUUCCCCAAAAAGUUGUCUACCAGAACAUCCACCGAAGUCAAGCCUCCUGUCACCACCGAGGAGAAAUCGGACACUGCGUCCUUCAAGUCGUCGGAGAAAGAGGAGAAAAUCAUCGAAGACAACCUCUUCGGAGUUAUACAGAAGAUCCGUCAGGAAUAUGAAGACCAUCUAGACUCGAAACCGGACCAACCUCUGCCGCCGGGCAUCACUCCCAGCUUGCCCGUGGAGACACCAGUCUUGACCCCGCCGCCUCACACGACAAUCAUUAUUCAGGAAGACAACCCGGAGUCCGGUGGGUUGGCAGACCAGUAUCGUGGCGAAAUCGGCAAUUUAGGCGAGGAGGCGGACACGCUGGAGAAGAUUGCGCCCAUGUGGUUGGGAGACUUGUUGCUCAAGAAUCAAAUCCCGUACAAGGACACAGUCAAAGUCUCAUUCGUUCUACACCCUUACGACAAUCAAUUGCCGGCCAUUUCCUCACCUGACGGCAAUGCCCGCCUGAAUGCGAACCGCAUGCUGCGCGCGAAAAAGAUCAUGGCUUAUGUUGCGGAGAGGAUCGAGGCUCCUCCUUCUCCGCCUCAUCCUGGUCAUCAUUCUUUCUUUCCGCAUUUGCACUCACACUCCCAUUCACACUCGCACUCACCCCAUACGCCUGUGACCACUGACUCGGAGGGACAUGAGAGUGGUGGUGGUGAUGAUGAUGACCAUACUAAAAUCGGCGCAGCAGGUACAGGCACAGCAGAGACCCUUCCAUCCUCUUCGUCUUCUUCCUUUGCCGCCGCGCCCGCCGCCGCGACGGCCGCGGAUGAGAAGGACAAGGACAACAAUCUGAAGCCAGAGGAGUAUCUCGAAUUAUACUGUCAAGGCCAACGCGUCGAUCCCAACACCACCCUUGCGACGUUGCGCGUGCAUGUCUGGCGGACGGGCGGGGAUGUGGUGCUCUACUACAAGAGUAAUGGAAGGAAGAAGCUGAGGCUACCCCAUCCUGCCGACGUGCCGAGUAGAGAGGAGAGUGAAGAGCAUACCGGGGUGGUGAGGUAG